AUGGCCGUCGCCCAUGAACCCAUGAACCCUAACUUUCAUUUCCAGAGAAAGGAACCUAUUCUUGUGAAGCCCUCAGAACCCAUACCUUCUCAAACCCUUUCUCUCUCGACUCUCGACAACGAAUACUUCGUCGAAAAUCACACGUACACCCUCUACGUUUACAGGCCAAGGACCAAUCCCGAUCAUACUCUAUGCUCUGAUCCUGCUUCCGUAAUCAAACAGGGCCUUGCAAAAGCUCUUAAUUUCUACUACCCUCUCGCCGGGAAAAUCAAGAGACACCCCGAUCGGAACCUCCGUAUCACUUUCGACGCUGAAGAUAACGGUGUCCCGUUCGUGGAGGCAAGCGUGGAUAAAGACCUCAUCUCAGUUAACUAUAUGGACGGGGUGGGCUCUUCUGUCGCUAAAGAGUUCGUCUUGUGUGAACCCAUCAACCGAGAAGAGCCCUACAACCCGCUCCGUAUCCAGGUAACCGUGUUUUCGUGCGGAGGAUUCGUCCUCGGGAUGAGCCUGUCGCACUCUGUUUGCGAUGGAUUCGGUGCAGCUCAGUUGUUUAAAGCGUUGGUUGAGUUGGCUGGUGGGAAAACUGAACCGUCGGUGAUUCCUGUUUGGGAAAGGGAGAGAUUGACUGUAAAGAUAUUGGAUGCGGAUUUGGAGGUGGAUAUGACACAACCAAUACCGAACGUAUUGGAUUUGGGGGUAUCCCCGCAUUUUCCGACGUUAGAGCUGAUGAACGAAUGUGUCGGGAUUUCUGGCGACGGAUUAAAGAGGUUAAAGAUGAAAAUAGCGACGGAAAUGGGAGACGAAGGGAGUAGCCUCACCACGUUGGAGGCUAUCACUGCUUACGUUUGGAGAUCGAGAUUCCGAGCGUUGGAGUUGAGUCCAGAUGAUAAGACGAUGAUGUUCAUGACGAUGGGGUUGAGAAAUUUGCCUGAAAUCAAUUUACCGAAAGGUUAUUACGGAAAUGCAUUCAUAGUAACGUCGCCAAUAGUAGUUUUAGGGAGAGAUCUAAACGAGGGACCUCUUUCCAAUAUUGUUAAGUUGAUAAAGGAGAGCAAACACAUCUCUUCUCAGCAUGAGUAUAUCCAACGCUAUUUGAGGAUAACGGAGACAAAUCGAUUAAAAAACGAGAUGAAAAUCUUUGAAAGCAUGGGAGGAAUAUUCUCACUGUCGGAUUGGCGACGAUUGAAUUUGUUCGAGGAGGAGGAUUUUGGGUGGGGUGGGUGUUCUAACGUCGUUCCACUUCCUUAUAACGUUGUGGGUCAUAAUGACUUGUCUGUUUUCUUGCCUCCAUACAACUUGGAUCAUUCCAUGAAAGAUGGACUUAGGAUUUUCAUUGGCCUACCAAAGGUUUCCAUGAAAAAGUUUAAGCAAGAAAUCAAUGUUCUUCAUAACCCUAGCUACGUUUGA